AUGGCUUCCCUGAGGAGGCUGCUGCCGCAGCUGCUGAUGCUGCUCCUCCACGGCGGGUGGCGGGGGGUCGAGCCGAGCCCCACCGACGAGGGAGCGCUCCGGACCGGCCACGGGGAGCACGGGGAGCCGGGACACCAGGAGCCUCACAAGGACUCCUACAGCACCUUCGCCUCGGAGUUCCUGGAGUCCAGAUAUCUGUCGGAUGACGGUUAUCCAUUCCCCACUGCCCCGCCGGUCGACCCUUUUGCCAAGAUCAAAGUCAGCGACUGCGGUGUAACCAAAGGCUGCAUAAGGUACGGGAAACCAGGGUGUGAUGCAGAGACGUGUGACUACUUUCUGAGUUAUCGUCGCAUCGGUACAGAUGUGGAGUAUGAGAUGAGUGCAGACACCGACGGCUGGGUGGCCGUGGGCUUCUCCUCUGACAAGAAGAUGGGAGGAGACGAUGUCAUGGGCUGUGUGCAUGACGAUAAUGGACGCGUCAGGAUUCAUCAUUUUUACAACGUGGGCCAGUGGGCCAAGGAGAUCAAGAGGAACCCAGCGAGAGACGAGGAGGGUAUUUUUGAGAACAACCGCGUGACCUGCCGCUUCAAACGGCCGCUGUACGUCCCCAGAGAGGAGACCCUCGUGGACCUGCACCUGUCGUGGUAUUACCUGUUUGCAUGGGGGCCUGCCAUUCAAGGUUCCAUCACCAGACACGACAUCGACAGCCCCCCGGUCAGCGACCACAUGAUCAGUAUCUAUAAGUAUGAGGACAUCUUCAUGCCCUCCACAGCCUACCAGACCUUCAACUCCCCACUCUGCUUACUGCUCAUCGUAGCGCUCACCUUCUACCUGCUGAUGGGAACGCCAUAACGAAGCACAGUAGAGCAUGAGAUGCAGGGAAAAAGGGAAAAGAACACACAGCAAUAAAGAAAAGUUGCCAAUUUUGAAAAGUUAAUGCCACAUUUUAAAUGUGCGAUUUGCACAAACAGAGACUGUAUUAAAUAUAUAAACAACAUGAUAUAGUAUUAUAUUCACUAAUCUGAAGUUACACAAGGAAUCGUGACAGAUUAUUAAACUUAUUAUGCUAUAGAGGGGUCACUUAAAAGUCUAAGUAUAAAACAAGAUGCCUGAUUAAAAA